CGAUGGCGGCCGUCCCGUCUCUUCUGGUCCUCUAUAACCACACAACAAUUCGUCCCCAAUUGUAAAAUUAGCCAAAAACAGGGGAAAAAAAUUAUUUUCUCUUUUCCGAUCUCAGGCAUUCUCAGGUUAAUUCGUUCCCCUUCAAUCUGUUCUUUGUAAAUAUUUACAGAAUCAUCGCGCAAAUAAUAAUAUAUUUUCCCAGAAUCUCACUUUUCUUUUCUUUACCGAAUUUCCUGAUUCGAACUGCGCAAUUUUUUCGGAUUCCUCCCGCACUUGUUAGGGUUUUAUGUUUGAUCUUCAGCUUUAUCUUCCCCUCUGAGAAUAAUACUAAUUCUCGAGUCGUCGUCCUCGUCUGUGUUCUGUUUAUUUCUCUUGUGGAUUAAUUUUGGGGGUUUUAUGUUUAGUUCACCCAUCUGAUGUUAGGGUUUCCAUAAAGUUUGAUUUUUUUGUUGUGGGGAAGAAGGGUUUUGAUUAGUACUCUGAUUAUUGGUUUAUAAUAAGUGGUUUCUUUUGCAAGCUGUGGGGAAAUCAUCCAUUUUGGUUGGUUUCUUCCCUUUCUCUUCUGGUUUUUAAUAGUUGAGCAGGAAGAUAGAUAGUGUGUUUUAUGUCUUGAAAUUGGACCAAAGAUUGGGUGAUUUUGGAUAUAUUCUGUGAAGACUGUGGAAUCAAUGGCUGCUACUUGGUCUCUUUUGAGUCCCCUUCCAGUUCAUGGUGGGAAGGGGAAGAAGCCACUCGGUGCUGGUGUGUGCCGCGGCAUUCUGUCUUUGAGAUUUCUUCGUUGUCCGAAACCUGUUCACAAGAGAUUAUUAUGGGCCAAUCGGACGUUGGGUCGUUUCCCCAUAAGAAGCCAGGUGAUGCAAACGCCGUCUAUGGAUAAGAUGGUUGAAUCGGAUGUAGAGCGGAGGUCAUGGCCACCGGAGAAUAGGGUAGAUAGCCCGGCAAUUCAUAACCCGUUGGUCCGUCACGAGAGACUGGGUUGCGGGUGGUUGGCUGCUGUGUUUGAGUGGGAAGGUGUGCUGAUCGAAGACAACCCCGACCUCGAGAGGGAAGCCUGGUUGGCUCUUUCUAGGGAAGAGGGGAAACCCCCACCGCCGGCUUUUAUACUCCGGAGAAUCGAGGGGAUGAAGAACGAGCAAGCAAUAUCCGAAGUUCUUUGCUGGUCAAGGGAUUCUCUCGAGACGAAGAGAAUGUCGGCUCGGAAGGAGGAAAUCUACCAAGCUCUACACUGCGGGACCCACCGCUUCCGUUCCGGUUCCCAUGAAUUCAUCAACGCUCUGACGCAGCACAACAUCCCAAUGGCUCUCGUCUCGACUCGCCCGAGAGUCGCGGUCGAGGCCGCGGUCCGCUCCGCGGGAAUCGAAAAGGAACGGCCCUUUGAUGCGGUCGUAGCCUCAGAAGACGUCCACCGGGGGAAGCCGGACCCGGAGAUGUUCAUCUACGCGGCGCGGCUUCUCGGGAUCGUACCCCAGAGGUGCAUUGUCUUCGGAAACUCGAACCUGACCGUGGAGGCCGCGCACGAUGCACGGAUGAGAUGCGUUGCCGUUGCUAGCAAGCACCUGGUGUACGAGCUCGGCGCGGCUGACUUGGUCGUCAAGAGACUCGACGAGCUCUCGGUCGUCGACUUGAAGAACCUCGUGGCUAAAAUGGACGAGUUCGAGGUGGAGGUCGAGGAAGAAGAUGAUGAGCCAUAUCGUUCUUCGGCCGUGGGUGUCGCCGAUAUCUGGUAAUCUGUUUUCUGUUUGUACAGCAUAAUAGCAGUACUUACUGUGUUUAAUCUAGUUUCCAUAGGAGGAGAUAUAGAUUAAAGAAGCUAAACACUGAAUAUCAAGAAAGUAUAUGUGAAAAAAAGGUCAAGGGGAAUGCUACUUUAACCACAGGGAUAACACCAAAGUUGACACGACCAGAAACGGUCACACACAAACCCCAGAAACACUUGUUGGGAAAACUUUGGUGUCAUGUGUGGUGUGAUCAUAGUAUGAUUUCAUCAAAAGCUAAUAGUGUGUGUAAGUUUUAUGUUGUGCAAAUAUGUGUAUCAUAUGAGAUAUCACUGGUUGUUAUGCAAUUGUUAUACCAGUACAUAUGUAUUUGUCGUUGUAUUAUAUGUAUUCUUGGUGUUUCUUUGUGUUUAUAAGCCGGUCAAAACUGUUUA